CAGUUCAGUUCACAUAGAGAAGUCGAGUUGACUUCCAACCCUCAGUGCCAGCGCUGAAGUGAACCAAACAUCACGCCGACCAAGUCCAUCCUGAAGAUAUCCUGGUCCGAAUUCAUGAUACAAAACCACGUUGAGUGCAUUGCAUAGUGAAUAUUUGAAAAAAGUGACGAUUUUCUGUUUACAUAUUAAACAUGGUCUAUUUACUCAAGUUUCAUAGAAUACAAGACCACAUUCCAGUUCGACUGGGUGUCGGAGCAAUGAUAUUCACUGCAACAUGGAUGAGCUACAUGAUGAGAGUAAAUAUGUCGAUAAAUAUUAUUGCCAUGGUGCAGCCUAGUACAAAUGGGGAAGGAACACGGACGCGUCCAGAGUGUGCUAACUACACGAUGGCCCAGGAACAAACAUCAUUCCUCAACAAAACAUACGACACGCACGAAGAUAAACUUCCGGAUUACGGAGAACGUUAUGCAUGGUCAUCUGAGACGCAAGGAAUGGUGCUGGGCAGUUACUUCUGGGGUUAUCUAGUAACUUCGCUUCCUGGAGGAAUAUUAGCCGACUAUUUUGGUGGAACGCGUCUUGUGGGAUUCAGCGUGCUCUUAAGUGCCGCGAUUACAACGAUUUGCCCAGCAGCAGCAGCCUGGCAUUACGGUGCUCUUAUAGCCGCCAGAUUUGCACUUGGAUUUCUUGCGGGUGUAUUGUAUCCGGCUCUACACAAUCUAAUCGCGCGCUGGGCCCCACCUGAUGAGAAAGGAAAAUUUGUCUCCGCUUUACUGGGAGGAACUUUUGGCACUGUGGUCACGUGGAGUUUUACGGGAUACUUGAUCGAAAAAUGCGGUUGGAAAUGGGCUUUCUAUGCACCAGGUGCUAUUGCUGCGAUCUGGUCAGGAUUGUGGUUUUUAAUUCUUUCAGACGAUCCUGCUCAUCAUAGAUUCAUCAAUAGCUCAGAAGCUGAUUACAUAGCAAAGAGUCAGGGAGGCUCAGUUUCCAACUCAAAGAAAAUGCCACCAUUCAAACGCUUGAUUAUGUCCGGACCUUUCUGGUCACUGUUUGUGUUGCAUUUCGGCUCAGCUUGGGGUUUGCAGUUUCUGCUAACAUCUGCACCCAAAUUUUUAACAGAAGUUCUUGGAUUCGACAUACGCAAUGCCGGUUUCUUAUCCGGUCUUCCCUACCUAAUGCGGAUGAUUAUGGGAAUUUUAUUUGGAGCAGUGGGUGACGUUUUACGCAAUAAAAACUAUUUGUCAGUAACUAAUGUCAGGAAACUGUUUUGUAUUUUCUCUCACGUCAUACCAGGACUGUUCUUAUUCGGACUAGGAAACGUAGGAUGUGCUCCAAUUUUAUCAGUAACUAUAAUAACCUUAUCUCUUGGAUUUAAUGGAGCCUCGACAAUGACAAAUUUACAAAAUUCGCAAGAUCUUGCUCCAAACUUUGCCGGAACUAUCUACGGAAUAGUCAACUGUUUCGGAAGCGCUUCCGGAUUCAUAAGCCCUGCUUUAGUCGGAUAUUUCAUCAGGGAUCACAAUGGUCUAGAAGAGUGGCACAAAAUCUUUUUAGUUGGAGCUUUUGUUUAUAUUGUGCCAUCAAUUUGGUUUGCCAUUUUCGGAUCAGGCGAAGUUCAAAGCUGGAAUGAGGUAAAAACUGACGAAGCGGAAAAUAACACAUCAGAAAGUAAAGAACAUUCUAAAGCUACAUGCGCAACGGAAAUGAAGGAAAAUAUACCAAGCCAUAGUCAAAUCGAGAGCAAAAGUUAAGGAUUUAACGCAAAAAUUUGUUUAUAGUUUAAUUGUAAUUAUUGUCUGAUGUGCCAAUGUUUACCUUGUGAUAUGUUUUACAUGUUUUUAUGUUUUAUUUCUUUUUAUACGACCGAGAAAAUUCUAUAGUUGUUAUUACAUAAAAUGUGGUUACUAUCAGUAUUAUUAAUUAUAAUAUAUCUGAAGCAGAUAGAAGUCUAACAAACAUUAUCUUCCCUGCCAUUGGGCCGUAUUUUUUGGUGUCAUAUUUUAAAAAUAUACUUUUUAUUAAUUUCAGGCUCGACAAUUCUUAAUUUGAUAACAUAUUAUUUAAGUCAUACUAUUUCAUCAAAAAAUAACAUUUCAAAUAUUUCACUAAAACAGUCUGAAAAUAAUUAUAUAAUACGUAACCAAAUGGUUAUAAUUUCCGAAAUCAAUA